GUGGUUAGAGAAGAAAAGUAUUGCGCGGAGAUGGUCGGGAGUGAGGAAGGUGAGUUGAAAGGGCGACUCUCGCGAAGGUUGGUGCCAAAUGUCCAUCUGAGUACGGUCCUGCCCAGGGAGGUGGAGUGGACUGAGGCAGGGACAAGGAUGGACUGGAAAUGUGUGGCGUGCGGGCAGGUGGAUUUGGUGAUAAAGAACCAGAAGUGCACUGGGAUGGUGGACACAGGCGCAAAAAUGAAUAUCAUCAGGGAGAAGGAGGCGGUGAUGAUAGGCAUGGAGAUCGACCGCUCGGACCAUGGCAUGCUGCAUGGCGCCAACUGCAAGGCCACUUUUUGCGGCACGGCGUUUAAUGUGAUUAUAGAGAUUGGGAAGGUGCGAGCCAGGACGUGUUUUUUUGUCAUGCCCGAUGUCGAUUAUCCCAUCCUUCUGGGAAGGUCGUUCCUGUGUCGAACGGAGAUGUUGAUUUUUAAUAAGCACGACGAAACAAUGAUCAUGCUCCUAUGCGACCCAGCGUGCGGGAACUACGAAGUUGUCACCUGCCGAAACACGGGGCCGGGGAGCGGGAGGAAUAGGCCUAAUCUCGGCUCAUUCACCUUCGAGGAAUCGGAGAACGAGCGAAGACGGCUUUGGGAAGUGCCCGAGGACGAGGAUAAGGCUGAGGUGCUGACACUGAGCCUCACAAAUGUGAAUAAGGCCAUGGAGGUGGUAUCGGCUCACGACAUGGCGGAUCCGGAGGCCAUCAAGGCAUUGAGGGAACAGGUUUUGGAGAACCCUCAGAUUGAUAUCAUAGCGGCCCUACAUGAUGGUAUAGCAGGAGGGCACAGGGGGAUAGGUGCCACAUGCGCUAAGAUAAGCGAGUUGUACCACUGGGAUGGGAUGCUGACUAUGGUUAUCAAGUAUUGCCAGUCCUGUGUACCCUGUCAGGAGAGGUCGGCGCAAAGGCCUAGAGAGCCCCUACAACCAAGGUUGGAGAAGGAAGUGGGUGCGGUCGUACACCUGGACCUGUUGUUCAUGCCAGUCGGGGAAAACGGGUGCAAUUACAUCUUCGAUGCCCGGGAUAACCUUACUGGGUUUGUGGACGGUCGAGCUAUCCGGACAAAGACGGGCCCAGUUUUGGCAAACUGCAUCGAGGAGUACUACCUGCGUUAUCCUUUUGUCAAGGAGUUCGUGACGGAUCGAGGAUCAGAGUUUACCUACAAUGAGGUGAGGAUGUUGCUUGCAAGGUAUGGCGUAGUGGCCAACUAUGCUACGGCCGCGCACCCUCAAGCGAACGCUCCUGUGGAGAGGGGUCACAGUACCAUCACGAAUCUUUUGGCUAAGUGGACAGAGGGCAAGUCUGGUCAGUGGCCGAAGUUCUUGCGAGCAGCCUUCUUCGUGGAGAACGUUACUGUGAAGAGGACUACCAAGUCUGACUUUUCGAAGACGGCCAUGCAGAGGGGCGGGAGGGGCGCGCGGCCACGACAGAGGCCUCAGGGAGCAUUAGGAGGGGAUGACUCACGCAGACCGGUUGGGAGGGAGUCUACGCCUAUCUUCGACGAUGGUAACAUAGAGCUUUUUUUGGACUCCUACCAGGCACAUGCGACACGGGAGGGCUGGUCUACCUUGAAGAGGAUACGGCGCCUGAGGGGAGUUGGGCGCUUUGAGGAGCCUAUUGCGCACAUUCGAGAGGAGGCGUUGACAUGGCAGGAUGUGGAGGCGAGGAUGCAGAUGCUGAGGGCUUCGCCGAUGGGACCGGAUGGAUUGCCUAUUCGAUUGGAGGAAGGCAAUGCGGAGGAGUUCAUCUCGGCCUAUGAGCAGUAUAUGCGCGACCAGGGGACUGGGCAGGAGGAGUGGAUGCAGAUGCUGCCCCUCUGGACACGGAGGGAGGAGAGGUCGUUGGCGAGGCAAAUCCGGGACAGGGCACACGACUGGGAGGACUGCCAGGCCCAAGGCGAGAGGGACCACUACGACCAGAGGGGGCCGAAAGGCCUUAGCACAGCGAGAGGGCCAGCAGAGGCCGCCCAGGCGGUGGAGCCAGUUCAGGCCGCGGGGCCAGCUCAGGCGGCGGAGCUACCCCCUACUUAUGGACUCGAGCAGAUGGAGUUUCGCCGAAUCACGGGCAGUGAUCUACGGGGCCCGACGCCGACGUUACCCGAGGGGGGAGAGGCAGUGCCGUUGAGGAUGCCGCUCGACAGGUUGGAGGCUCAUCUCGAUGCGUCCCAGUGGGGGGCGUCACAGCUGGGAGCGGACCAGAGCGGACCGGCACGGUAUGAGUCAGUAGGGGAUGAGCCAGAGGAGGAGCCACCUGAGGCGGGGCCUGAGGCGGGGUCUCGCGAACCCGAGGAGCCGCAGACUGAGGGGGUUAUCACUGUUGGGGAUGAUACCCCUCCUCCUACCCCGAUUCCAGAACAGGCGCGACAGUAUUGGCCUGAAGGAAUUCCUGAGCCGGACAGCGAGGAGAUGUUGGGGCCCCCACCGGAAGCUACUACACCACCUCCGACGCAGGCGGAGUCAGAGGGGGGCGAGAGGGCGAGGACACCUACUACUGUGGCGCCGCAACUAACUGAGUCUACAGGUGCACGCAUGGAUGUGGAGGUGCCGACAUCCGGGGAGCCUCCACCAGGGCCGCCACCCGCAGAGGAGGGGACAAGUGAGAGAGAUCCACUGCGAGAGGGUCACGAGGUGAGGACAGGGAAGCCACCGGGGGAGACGAAAGAAGAGAAGCGUGCGAGGGUGCAGGUACGCCUCGAAGAGCUAUACCAGGAAAAACUUAGGAUGGAGGCCGCAGGAGAAGCGCCAAAGCCGCCAAUUGACCCUCCGACGAGCGAGCAGAGGAUUAGUGAGGCUUGGGACAACUAUGAGAGCGAGAGUGAUGCGGCUCGCCUGAGGUCGCGAGAGGUAGGGCAGGGGAGUGCAAGAUUGGGCGAGGCACGAGAGACAGAGGACUUGGAAUUUUCAGCCGUCAGGAUGGAGAUUGAACAUGCAGAUAGGAGGAUAGGUGAGGUGGCGGUCUCGUCCUUCCAAUGGUACUCCAUGCUCAGCGAUGAGUUGGCGGCCUCGAGGUUAGAGGUGGGACAGUUGUCCACCCAACUGGCAGAAGAGAGGGCAGAGAAUCAAGCAUGGAGGUCCCGUAUGGAAGUUAAGGAAGCAGAAUGGGAGAAGAGGCUCCAGGACAUGGCGGCGAUGGUGGAGAGGCUCUCGGCCACUAAGGUGGUCAACUGGACGGAGCAAAGCCGGUAUGGUAUCCAGGGGGAGGAGGUACAGGGGCUCUUUGGCCAGGAAGGGACGACAGAGCCACCUCAGCAAGGACGUAUGGGGAAGGUAUUCCUGGACCCAAUAGAGGCGGCAGCACGGCGGGAGGCCGAGGAGGAGUUCAGCUUCAGGAAGCCCACGGAGUUGGCCUCGCAACAGGCCACCCCUAUGACGAUUGAGAUCCCUGAGGGCGAGCCGGCGCAGGGACCCCAACCUCCAGUGGAGGAAGGGGGCCCCACAGAGGAGUCCCCUACGAUCCUCUUGGAGGUGCAGGAGGGUGCCCUUACGGGAGCAGCAGCAUCCACAGAGUCGGAGGCAAUGGGGGGAGAGGUGUCUCGACUGGAUGAGUUAGUGGCAGCUAUGGAGUUGGACAUGCCGUCAGGAGAGCCUCAGGGAUAGAAGACCCCAGAGCGUGUGCCAGAGAUAGGGGAGCUGAGGAUGCAGUUAGGCUUUUGGGCU